GUUUUCUUAAUUUCAAAAAAAAUCAAAAAAAAAUCGAAAAACUCAAAAAAUAUGAAAAAUAACACAACAAGAAAAAAAAGAUAUUUUAAAGUUGAAUUAAAUAAAAAUGAACCAUUAUAACCAAAAUACCCCAAUUUAGAUUCUAAGAAUAAAACUAAAGCAUAAUGUGAGAAAGAGCUUAAGAUUUAUGAUGAGGAGAAUAAAGAAUAUUUAGAAAAAAUGACAAAAUAUAAAACAAUCUUGAACACAUUUUAUAAAGAUCUUUUUGAUAAUUAUAAUGAGGAAGAUUACGAUGCCUUAAAAAAUUUAUCGUAGUUCGAUGAAAGUUAGGCAAAAUUAAAUGUAUGUUUUUGGUUUUGUUGCGAUGAAUUAGCUUGUAGUAUUGAUUACAGAAACCUAUUCUAUUAGAUGAAAUGUUCUACUCCAUAAUAAAACACUAAAUCUUUAGAUAAUUUCAAAUAUUAAUAAAAAGUAUAUGAUAAAUCUAAAUAAUUAUCGCUUAGAAUAAUAAAAUAUAAUGAUUUAUUUAGUAUCAAAUAAAAACAAGGCACUAAGUUAAUUUUGUUUCAUUUUGUUGCCUUGCAAAAAAAAAAAAAAAUUAAAAACAUUUAAAGUUCUGAUUCAGACUUAGAUUAAAGUCAUUCAGAUUCUUUAAACAUAAAAAGGCCAAGAUUUUUAAAAAAAAAGAAAGCUAAAUUUCAAGAUUAAUCUGAUUAUGAAAGUUAAGAAGAGGAGGUAUAUUAAGAUGAGGAAUAUGAGGAGGAUUAAGAAUCAAAGGAGGAAGAGACUGAAAAGGAAAUAUACUAGGAGGAAUAAGAAGAAGAGUAAUAAUAUUAAAAUUAAGAAGACAAAAUUUAAUAAGAAGAAGACAAAACUUAAUAAGAAGUAUAACAUGAUGAAAUUAUUCAUAAAUCGAUUGACUUUUAAACUAAAUCUCCCUAAAAUAAAUUUGAUAAAUAAAAUUAAAAAUAAAUAGUAGCUGAAUAUGCAAAGGAUAUAAACAAGAAAGAGAUCUUUUAAAUUUAAGAUGAUAAGGAAGAUGAUUUAUAAAUUUUGUAAAAAUAAAAUACAUGUAAGUAAGCUAUUCUUAUUGAUGAAAAAGAAAGUUAAUCCUAAGGUUAAUAUGAAAAUAAAGGUUAAAAUUUAGUAUAAUUUAUAAAAUAACAUGUCGAAUUCCUAGAAAAAUAUUAGAAUUAAUUUGCAGAUUAUUUUAAUAGUUUUAAUAAUAAUAAAAAAAGUAAGUAUAAUAAUAUAGAAUUUUAAAAUUUGCUAGAUAAAUAAAAAUAUUAAUUAUUAGAUUAUGUAACUGAAAUGCUUGAAUAUGAAAAAGAAAAACUUUGCAAGAAAUACCCAAGUUUAAAAACUAAAUGA